AUGGCUCGUUAUGGACGCAACGAAUGAUUACUUCCACGUUUGGCCACGGGUCAUCUCUUUUAUCGUAAUGAAAGUGUAGUUGUAGAUCGAGAAAAUAUUUGCGCAAUUGCCAAUUAAACGAGCGAUGAUCACUGUAUGUUACACUUUCCCGCAUAUUCGAUCACUUCUAGUUGAUCGAUUUGGUUUCGAGGUGAUAAGCAGAAACAACAAAACAGCAAUAUGAAAUUACCGUUGAAGCUAUUAAUUAGUGUGGUGUGUCGUUACCAACAAGAUCACCGAAAAUAAAACCCCUUCUACAUCCAAAAUAAUUCUAAACGGUCGUGUCGUUAACGGGCACGAUUAAUUCCUCCUCGCUUAACACCCAUCGUUUACGUUGCUACCUGGUAUCUCGCACCGUACUGUCGUGCGUAAUGUGUUUGAUACUGGCACGACUGCUACGAGCUUGCGUGGCCCAACUCUUGGUGUUGGUUUAGAUAGAUAAGAUAGGCAAACCAUUUAUUUUGCAGUUGUUUAUGAUACCUGCAAACACUUUUCACUGAAGUAGAGUUCGGCGGUGAUAUAAGUUACGGGGUUGUUAUGCUGCUGCUGCUGCUGGUGCUAUCGGGCGACCAGAAGCGGCGUGUUAUCAUUCGAAAUUCCUAGUAAAUUAUUCAUCCAGCUGUUUACGCUCUAAUCGGGACAGCAUGUGCAGGGUUUUACGAUAUUAAACAAUAGAAGAUUCAUGCUCCAUUUCGUAGGUCCCAAUUCGGAUCUGUUGAAGAAGUCACGGGAGGACUUUUGAAUGUGCCAAUAGAACUGAGUAAAAAGGUUGGUAAUUGAAUCGAAUGGCAAAGGAUUGGAAAGGAAGCUUAAGGAUACAUCCUGUUCCUGCGAGGAAAUGGGCUUUUUUAUUUCCUUGGUAAAAGUAGGAUCAUAUGAUCUGCUUUUCCUUUUCGAUAUGAAUAUCCUAUUGUCGUUCUGAUCAUCUCUAUCCCUUCUUGCCCGUGUUCCUGCCUUGAACCCUACGAUAAAGAGUGAAUAUUAAUUUAUUCACACCCAUUAACUUCCCGUAAGGUGUUAUCUGCAUUCUAUGUCACCAUUUGCAAUGCAUGUAAGUGAUGCAAAAUUGCGCCGUCUCCACUGUUUGGGAUCUUUACCGUAGGUAUCAUGUUUCACUGUCUGUUUUGCAAGCCUCCUCCCCAGUAGAAUGAAUCGAAACGUUUGUUGCGUUGAGUUGUGACGAAAUAAAUCUCCCUAUGUACAUGGUGGCGCAAUGCAUGUUGCGCUCCUUCUCCGAUCGAUUGACCAUCUAUAGCACAUAAGCGAAUAUUUGAUCUUCUUAUCGGAAAAGAUCGCUUCAGGGAGCGUUGUACAUGCGUGGCAAGUAAAGUGCCGAAAGCGACUGCGCUACAGGCGGCUUUAAAUUUUACGCCAAUUCCGGAUUAAAGAAUCGUUUAAAGAUGCUUUUUCCGAUCGCGCUCAUACUUAGCGAGCGCUAUUCGAAUGUCCUUUUUCGUUCCGAAGUCCCCGUUCCUUUAGUGCGAUGGAGGGAAACUAUAUUUAUCUUCCUGUCACCACCAACCAACACCACCAGCAGAGUACGGAAUUCCGUGCCGUACCACACGCCAAGACCAACGCGAUAAAGGACAGAGACAGAGAGAACGACCCUCCAGGAACAGCUGUUUUUAUUCUCGCCUGGCUACGCGUCCUGCUGCACCUUUUUUCUUUUGCCAUACGCACCGAACGCGUGCAAGGGGACCGAUCGUGCCCUUUGCGCUUCUCUUUCUUGUCGUUCCGGUGCGGAAAGACAUUUAAUGAUUCUGGAGCUGCCCGUUGUUCCCUUCGGGCACUUCCGAUACUGUAUGCUGCCACUGACGGCCUCCGUUGCGCAGAAAGAGAGGGCCUAUUUGUGAGGGCAGAUGUGUGUAUUGGGCUGUGUUGCGAGACUUAAGGUUAGCGCCGUAGCAGUAGACGUAGCAGAACAGCCGGACAUGGCGGGGUAUCCCUUAAUGUACUGCGCACCGUUUGUUUGGUCCCCUUGGGUUCUUCCUGAGGCCGGUUGCGUGUGCCGUGUGCGCUAGUGGGGUAGUGGCGCGUGCUAAUACCACGGACACGCCGGCAUAUUGACACAUUGAAGGGACAGGGGAGGAGGGGACCAGUGGUGGUGGCAUUAAUGUUGUACAUAAGCCAACGGCGAGUGUACAUUUUUAACGAACUUUUCUGACUACGCUUCCCGCUCUUGCCACCGGUUCGGCAAGGGGAACGGAUCCUGCUGGUGGUAGAAAAAGAGGGUCUUUCUUUCUUCUUUCUUUUUUUUUCAAUUUUUCGUCCCCCUGCCGAAAAGCGACCGUUUUUCUUCUCGCUACCAACGGAAACAUGCGUACCGUACCACACCCGGUGCGCAGAAGGCUUCAAACCGUUGCGCAGUGAGGAUGUGUGUCUCGUUGGUUGGUUGGAGUGCGCGUUAGUGUAGGACUUAAGGACCCCGUGGUGUUAAAGACUGUGAUUCUACGUGAAUCUUGUGAACCUGAAAGAUCAGCUAAAAGUGUGAUUUAGUUAAGUUAAGUGAGUUCAUCGUGAGUGACACAGAAAGCAUCGAACGGCAGCAGCAUGACUUCACAGCACAAUUACACCAAUCCGGCGUUCUGCCAGCAGAGUGAAUUCUACACGCCGCCCAAGACGCCAGGAAUGGCGGGCUCGCUCAUGUCGAUUGCGGCCACAACGACCUCGGCAGCAACGCGCCGCAAUGAACAGCUAACCCGCUCGUACAAUCGCAUCACGUCCAAGAUCGUCAAUCGACAGCACAGCCUCGCUUCGUUUGACCAACGUGCGCAGUUUGGUGGCUCACCCAUGCCGGGAAAACCGUUGGUCAAUAAACGUCUGCUCGAUCGAUAUGGUCCUGUCGGUGGGAAUGGAUUACAGCAGCAGCAGCAACAACAGCCACCCUCGAUGAACGGUAGCACCAGCGGUAGCCGUUACGCAUUGGUUCCGGUGGAGGAGAUUCCCUUCAACGUGGUGCGCAAGUACAGUGUAGUCAACGAGACGCAGCUGUCCCUCGGCGUCGCGGGAAGUGGCUCGCGCAGUGAGGAAUUUUUAGAUCGCGUCGGAAGCGUGCCGAAUCUGAACGGAGGCGAUAGAGCACGGAACCAGCCCCGUUUCGGUGGUGCCAAUGGAAUGAACCGAACGCACGAAGAGGAAGGAAACGAGGACGAUGACGAUGGUGUGCAUAACCUAUCCGAUCAGUUCCGCAGCUUGCCACCGAUGAUGUCUUCCCACUCAACGGCACUCGAUCAGCACUCGAGCUCGCGGCUGAAGAACGCAUUCUCGUCGGACUUCGGUUCGAAGUCGUUCAUACUGUACGAUCAGCGCAAUAACCAACGCUUCGAGAUGGUACCGACGGAGGAGGACGAGGAGCUGGUCGACGAGAACCAGGAGAUUAUACAGAUGCAUAAUGGACGAGCUCAUCGGUACGCGAUCAUUCCGAGCAUUGCGGACGAUGAAGACGAGACGUGUCUUAGCAAUGGGACGGAUGAACCACCAACCGCCAUCCAUCGUACACCAUCCUCACUAUCGGGACAGCAACGGGAUGGUAAAGGGACUCCUGCUGCCCUCGUCCCUCGUCGCGAAGCUCCCACACCACACAUCCCCGCACCGGCUGGAUCUCUCACUACGACGCCGUCCAAAGUGCAUCCGGGGCGGGAGGAAACUACGCCGAAGAAAAAUCCCGCCACACAGAAGCUUCACGAAUUGCUUACGACACCCCAGAAGCCACCGAACCCGCAAUGGCGUGGCUAUCCUUCCUCUCCUUCCCCGUUCACCGCUACAACACCCAACACCACUCCAAGGCGCGGCGGCACUGCACCAGCCGGAGUGCCACCGGCAAUCAUGGUAUCCAGCACACCGAAACAACACCCGCCAGCGAUGAUGAUUCCCACGACAGCCAUCAUAAGUCCCCGGCUAAACUCAGACAUCUACAGCGAAAAGCCGUUGCCGGAUCCGGAAAAACCUGGCAACUGGGGAGGAGGCUCGCUACCGAAUGGAUCAAAAUCUUGGCGAAAGAUGGCGAACGCUUCGGCCACGAUCGGAGCCGUGUCGCUCAUGUUGAUCCUAUGCGGUUUUAUGAACUCUGGACUAAGCCUCUACAUGACGGCAAAGUUGGGCCGCGAGUUCUAUCUUGACAUGGGAGUUUUGGCCGGAUUUUCUGCGAUAGCGCUUGGAAUUUUGGGCUUCAAGUCUCGCCAGUGUGAUUGGCUACCGAAUCGGAACUACAUGUCAGGUUUCGUGUUGGUGACAAUCUUUUCCCUGUUGAACUGCUGUGCGGAGGUUAUACUUAUGACGAUGCACCCUUAUCCUGGAACGCCGCUGAACGAUGUCACUACCGGCAUUAUCCUGGGACUGUCGUCGUUGAUUAUCUUGCUGAUCAGUCUCGGCGCCGUCACUUCCCGCUGGUGUCGCGCUCCACCGCCGGAUAAUCGUGUGGAUGUUUGCGCUACCGGACCGUAGUUGUUUCACCGUAACAAAGAUAAAGUCUGGACAGGACAGUGAAUUAUGACAACAACAAAAUGAAUUGUUUAGUUACAAUUUUUCUACAAAAUCCUUAAUAUAAUGCGACCCUAACGCGCAUCACAAAGAGAGUGUAUAACGUAACACAACAAAAAAACCAAAAUAUUUAUUGUAAAGCGUUUGUUAACGAGUACUUAAGAACAGAAUAAACAAGUAAAAGAAGCACAAGAAAA